AUGAUACUUUUAAAAGUUUUAAGAAAAACAUCAAAAAAAUAUUUGAUAAAAAAGCCUAUUUGUGAUGACAAAAUAACAAAUUUUAAAUUAGAAAAAUCAAAACAAAUUAAGAAAUUACCAUCGAACAAAACAAAUAUUGAUAAUUCGUUUAUAUGUGAGACAAUAAACAAAUUUGAAGAACAAUCUGGAGAUAAAAAAAUAAAAUAUGAACAAGAUUCAUUAGAUAUAUCAAAUGUGAAAUUAACAGAAGAGUGUUUCAAUGAUGAAAUAACUACAAAUAAAAGACAGAAUAAAUUUAAACAUGAUUUUUCUUUUCUUGAUAAAUAUAAAAAUGUCAAGAAUAGUUUAGAUCAAAAAAAGAAUUUCAUUGAAAAAAAUAAAAUUUUUGAUAAUGAAGUUUCAAAAAAUUUUGUGGUAGAUAAUGAAUGUUUAAAGAAUGAAAAAAUAACAAAAACAUAUCAAAUACAUAAAUGUCUUGAAAAAGUAACAAAAAAAGUAUCAUUAAAAUCUAAAAUAGAUGAACAAUUUGUAAAUCAAGAUUUUAGUUUGGUAGAUAAAUUGUCAGAAAAAGAUAAAAAAUUAGUAAACAAUGAUGUUAAUAAUUUAGAUAAAGUUUGUGAUAUCAAUACCAAAACAGCAGAAUUUUUAAAAGCAUCAAACACUUCUGUAUGCUAUUCUUCUAAUAAUAUUCCUAAAAAACGUUCUAUAAAAAACAAAUCUAUUGAAUUUGAUAAAGAACCAUGUGACAAGAAAAUAAGUGUUAAGAAAGAGGACAGUAAAUUAAAAAUUGCAGAUAUUGUUGAAGAAAAUUAUAGCACUUGUAAGGAAUUAUCUAAAAAUAUUAUACCAUCAGAUGAAAAAAAAAAUUUAUCAAAAGCAUUAAAGCAAAAUAAAAUCUUACCAUGUUCAAAAAAAAAAAUUAUCAGUUCUAAUGUAACAAAGUCUAAUAAAUCAUUGACAAAAAGUAUAACGUCAAAAGAUGUGAAAAUUGGCAAUGAAAAAGAUAUUCAAAAUAACAAAAUGAAACCAAAUUUUGUUAUCAAAAAUCAAGAAUAUAAAUUACAGUGUGGAAGUAAAAUGAUAAUAAAGCAACGAUUAAUUGCUAAUCCAGAACCAAUUAUAGCAAUUAAGGUUAAUGAUCAAACUCUAGAAACAAAUGAAAAUGUUAAAAUUAUAAUAGAAAAGGAAAGCACUAAUUAUUCAAUAAUUCUUUUAAUAGAAAAAUUAGACACUCAUUUGAAUGGUACAUUUUUAUUUACGGCUUCAAACGUCUUGGGAAAUGAUGAAAGUAUUGUUAAAGUAAACAUGAAUACUAAUGAAAUAAAAAGGCAGAUAAAAACUAAAAUAUCUCAUAUUGAUAGUACAGAAGAAAAAUAUGUUAAGGAAGAUGAAAAGUUGGAACUUUUGUAUUUUAUCAAAACAGAUGAUUUAGUAGAAAUUCAAAUGUUAAAAAACAAUCUACCAUUAAAAGAUUCUAACUUUAACAUUGAAAAGAAAAACGAAAAAUAUGUGGUAUCAGUCAAAUUUAAAAAAGUAUCUUUAUCUGAUGGUGGUGAAUAUAUUUGUAGAACUAUAACUAAAAAUGGCGAAACUAAUAUAAAAACUUUAAUAUAUGUUGAUAAAAAUGAUGUCAAAGAAAAAAGUCAAAUGUUAAUGAAAGAUGAAGUUCCAAAGAAAAAAAAAUCAAUUCCAAAAGCAAUAAAAAUUCCUGAUAAAAUAAAUUCUUUAUAUGGUGAACCAAGUACAAAAGUGUCAAAUGUUAAUAUCACAGCAGAAAUAGAAAAAAAUAUUAAUUUUGAAAAUACUGUAAAUAUAAUUUUAAAUCAAAAAAGAUCAAUUUCUUCUUAUAUUAAAUUAAAAAUUCCUAAACCAUGA